AAGUGUAAAAUUAUAAAAGCAACAUGGCUGCUGAAAGUAAUGGUGAAGAAGCGAUGGAAUCACAAAAUAUAUCGCCAAAUAUUUGUGUUGUGGAUAGAUUAAAACGUUUAUAUCCGAACGUAAAUGAAAAUGAAACACCUUUACCGCGUUCGUGGAGUUCGAAAGAUAAAUACACGUAUAUCGGUUUAUCACAAAGUAAUUUAAGAGUGCAUUACAAAGCUUCGCGGUUUUGGCGUCUUCGUCGUCGCUCUAAUAACGGACGCGGUAUACCGCUUCCUGGGUUUUUGUAUUGGCUGAUGCCCGGCCCCAGGGACUCAGGUCACGGCAAAACGCACAAGGAUGCAGCUAGUGUGCGGGCGACGCACCCUAUACCGGCCGCCUGCGGUCUCUACUACUUCGAGGUCCGUAUCGUCUCGAAAGGCCGUGAUGGGUACAUGGGAAUCGGGCUAUCGGCAUCUGGUGUCAACAUGAAUCGGCUACCUGGAUGGGAUAAACAUUCUUAUGGAUAUCAUGGCGACGAUGGAAAUUCUUUCUGCUCAUCGGGAACUGGACAAACUUACGGACCUACAUUUACUACUGGAGAUGUCAUUGGAUGUGGUGUGAACCUUGUUGAUAAUACCUGCUUUUAUACGAAGAACGGACACGACCUAGGCAUUGCUUUUCGAGAUCUUCCGCCAAACCUUUACCCGACCGUCGGCCUACAAACACCUGGAGAAGUAGUAGAUGCUAAUUUUGGACAAUCACCUUUUGUUUUUGAUAUUGAAGAUAUGCUACAAGCGUUGAGAGCAAGGACGAGAGUAGCUAUAAAUGAAUAUAUUACACCACAAGCCUCAGAAUGGCAGGAUAUAUUACACAAAAUGGUGUCUUCAUAUCUUGUUCAUCAUGGUUAUUGUUCUACAGCAGAAGCUUUUGCACAAAGUACAGGGCAAGCUUUUGAUGAAGAAGUAACAUCAAUAAAAACUAGACAAAGAAUAUUAAAAUUAGUUCUAGCUGGUAGAAUGGGUGAAGCCAUAGAAAGUACAAUAAGACAUUAUCCAGGUUUAUUAGAAAGAAAUCCAGAUUUAUUAUUUAUGCUUAAGUGUCGUCAAUUUAUAGAAAUGGUUAAUGGUUCAGAUUCAGAAGUUUGCCCUACUCGUAUGGGCCGCGGCAGCAGUUUUCCUAUAGUACCCCCUUCCUUAGUCCGACCUUUAUCUCCGCGUUCUCCGAGUCCUGUACAAACAUCGGUCAUACAAUCUACAAAAAAUUAUAAUACAACUAAAUCUAGAAAUGGUACGACAGUAGAAGAACUUAAUCAAAAUAAUUUAAAUGGUAGCGGGCCUCCAUUCAAAGUAAAUUCACCAGUAUCUAAUUCAAAUAAUGAUGAUAGUGAUGUAGAAAUGGAUGGUACAAAUGGUCAUGGUGUUCUUAGUAAUGGUUCAAAUACAAAUUCUACAACAAAUGGAUAUCAAAAUGGUAAUCAAGUAUCACAAAAUGGAGUUCAAAAUGGCACGACAAAACCUGUAAUACCUCCCAGAAUAAUAGAAUCAACAAUAGAAGACGAUGGUGAAGAUAUGGGUUUGUGGCAACCACAUUUCACAUUGCUUUCCUCCGAACGAACAGAAAUCUCCGACAACGGCGGCGUCGUGGGGCUCCGUCAAGUUUGCGGAGGACACAAAGGGGGCGUAGAGAGAAUGCUCGAAUUCGGCAGGGAACUUAGCCAAUUAUCACACAAGUUACAAAGGGAUAAUCCUACAGCGUCGAGGCAUAAUCAAAAAAUGCUAGAGGAUGCAUUUAGUUUAUUAGCCUAUUCAAAUCCAUGGGCGAGUCCUUUGGGUUGGCAACUAAGCCCAUCACGACGAGAACCUGUUUGUGCAGCCCUAAACUCUGCAAUAUUAGAAUCUAUGGACCUGCCUUGGAGCCCUCCCUUAGAAGUUGCCACGAGUCAUGCUUGGAACCUGCUACAACUUAUGGCUAAAACCGGUUUGGGUUCUUGCGCCUUUGCGAGUGUAGAAGAGCUGCUGGAUCAGUCUCGACACUGACACUGUACGUUGUGACUCUGAUAAUAAACCAGAUCUCCACUAAAACAGGCAGGAUAAUUUAAUAGUAUUGUCUGUUUACAAGCCAAAGCUAAACAAGAUGAAUAGCAAUUUCAGAUUACCAAUAUUAUCUCAAACCGUACAUACAUUCUUAAGCAAGGGCAAUGAAAUUCUGUUUGUGAUAUAAAACAAAACUUGAUAUUUAUUGGAUAGCAAUUGUAGAAUUUUAAAAUUGCAUUCGAGAAUCUAGUUUUCUUUGUUCUUUUAUUACAUUUGGACCUUUAAUAGUAUCUUAAAUAUAUACAUAUGUAUCUUAUAUGUAUGUAUAUGCAAUAUAUGUUGUAAGCAGAAGAUAUUUUAAGUUUUAUAAUAAUUUUUAUACAUAUAUUUAUAUAUGUUUGUAAAUAAUAUUAAAGAUUAACAUAUAUAAAUAUAUGAUAUAUAAUAAGUGCAGUUAAGUUUUGUUUGAAUGCGUGAGAGAAAGUGAAUUUAGAUAUAAAAUGCCUUUUGAAAAAACGUUACGUUUUUGGCCAAUUAUAGAAUGAUUUUAUUGAAUUUGUAUUUCU